AUGGCGCAGCUCCUCUUUGAGGGCGAGGUUCUGCGUCGAGAAGUCGAAGGAUUGUCCCAAAAUGUGUAUCAUCAACUCCAAGAUGCUGGCGUCAAGGUGACAGUCCCGAUCUCCGCGGAGAAAACCUGUCACAGCUCGAAGAACACGAAGCGAUCGCCAAGUUCACUUAUUCAAGUGAAGCGUAGGACCUACAACUCUGUCUCGCAGAAGAUUUUUUCUCGGAAGCGAUUGGAAUCUUUCCACGAUCCGUCCAGAUGUUGGCAGAAGAUCUCGAAGUGGGCACUGAGUCUCACUGAGAGUUUUCAGUUUCAGCUCACCUUCGCACUGCUGAUCUGCUCCCUUUGUGCCGUCAUGGGCUUUGAGGUGCAGUAUCGAGGCUUUGAGACAGGCUUCAAGCUGGGCUAUACAGGUUACACCCAGUCAGCCGCAGAGCUAUGGCCCUUGGCUGACCCUGCUUUCGAAAUUAUGGAUAUCUUCUUCGGUGCAGCCUUCACUUUGGAACUUCUGCUGAAGCUGGUCGCUGGCGGCUGCACUUUCUUCAAGGAUGUGUGGAACUGGUUGGAUGCCUUGGUCUUAAUCGUUUGGUACCUGGAGCGGAUGACCGCAGCGGCCUUCCCACUGGAACCAAUGAUGCUCCGGUUGUUUCGUUUGAGUCGCCUCAUGAGAAUGGUCAGGCUAGUGAAGAUUUUUGAGCAGUGCGACGCGCUGUAUCUCAUGUUGACAUCGAUCCGAGCGUCCUUUGCUGCCUUGGCAUGGUCCAGUGCCCUGUUGCUGCUGAUUCAGAUGAUGUUGGCACUGGCAAUGGUGACAUUGGUGGAGCCGUAUUUAUCCGGUGCAAACUCCACAGGUGACAAAUAUGCGGUGUACUCCUACUACGGUACUUUCACCCGUGCUAUGCUCACCUUGUUUGAGAUCACCUUAGGGAAUUUUGUGCCGGUGACGCGGCUGAUGAUGCAGGACGUCUCGGAAGUCUAUGUGAUAUUUGCCUUGAUACACAAGUUGGUCAUUGGAUUCGCUGUCGUCAUGGUCAUAACGGGAGUCUUUGUUCAAGAGACUAUGACCGUGGCGCAGACAGACAACACCAUCAUGAUCAAUCAGAAGGAGCGCGCAUUGAGCCUUCACGUGGCCAAAAUGACUGCUUUAUUCAAAGCUGCAGAUUUUGAUGGCAGUGGCAGAUUGGACAAGGGAGAGUGGUUGCAAGUCUGUGAUGAUUAUUCGGUGCAAUUGUGGCUUGCUGCCAUGGGUUUGGACGUCAGCAAUGCAGCUUUGGUUCAUGAGCUGAUUUGUGCCAAAAGCAACAAGGAGGACCAGAAGACUGCAGGGUGCAGCCAUCAUCCCUGCCCAGUUGAUAUUCCAUGA